GCAGAGAGCGGCGGAACGGGCGGCGAGGAGCUGGGCGGCAGCCGAGUCAAGUCCCACCACUGCCGUGGGCCGGAUGGGUGGCACGGUGGGGCUUGGGCCCGGGGACCCCCAGGGUGGCUGAGCCAUCCCAUGGCGGCAUCAAGUGCGGGUGCCUUUGCGUGGGUCUCCUUCCCCUCCAUGCCCACACGGCGCGUGUACUGCAGCGCGGCGCACCACGACGGGCAGCUCUUCGUGCUGGGUGGCUGUGGAGGCAGCGGGAGAGCCCUGGGAGCAGCCGAGGUGCUUGACCUCCAGGCCCAGCGCUGGACCGCGCUCCCUCCGCUGCCCACGCCACGGGCUGGUGCUGCCACCCUUGCUGUGGGCAAACAGAUCCUGGCGGUGGGCGGUGUGGAUGCCUCGCAGAGCCCCCUCGCCUCUGUCGAGAUCUACCAUGUGGAUGAGGGCAGGUGGGAGAAGGCGGCAGCGCUGGCACAGCCCUCCAUGGGCAUCGCGGCCGUGCAGAGAGAUGGUGCCGUCUAUGUUCUGGGGGGAAUGGGAGCAGAUACCUCUCCGCAGGCGCUGGUUCGCGUCUAUGAGCCGGCAAAGGACCACUGGCAGCCGCUGCCCUCCAUGCCCACACCAUGCUAUGGGGCCUCUGCCUUCCUGCAGGGCAACAAGAUCUUCGUCUUGGGGGGCCGGCAGGGCAAGCUGCCCGUCACCGCCUUUGAGGCUUUUGACCUGGAGACAAAGAGCUGGACGCGCUACCCCAGUGUGCCCAGCCGCCGCGCCUUCGCCUCCUGCGCCAUGGCUGACAGCAUCUUCUUCAGCCUAGGGGGGCUGCAGCAGCCAGGGCCACACAACUUCUACUCCCGACCACAUUUCGUUAACACCGUGGAGAUGUUCGACCCCGCGCAGGGUGCGUGGAGCAAGCCCAGCCGUGCCAUCCGCAUGAGGGAGAAGAGAGCUGACUUCGUUGCUGGCUGUCUGGGAAGAUACGUGGUCGCCAUGGGUGGCCUUGGGAACCAGUCGUGCCCGCUGGACUCAGUGGAAGGGUUCAGCCUCACACGGAAGAGGUGGGAGCUGCUGCCCCCCAUGCCCACUGGCCGCUGCUCCUGCUCCAGCUGCCCAGCCCCUGACCUGCUCUUCGUCAUCGGUGGAGUGGCCCAGGGCCCCAGUGGAGCUGUUGAGGCUCUCUGCCUGCGUGAUGCACCCUGACAAUGGCUCUUCAGCCUGGGGAGCAGCCCCAGCAGAGCAUCAAGUGCCUGAAGACGGGGACAGGGUGUGCAGGGCUCCAAGAAGCUGCCGUCCCGUGAUACCAAGUACUGCAGCAGCGUACUGCAGCAGCCACGGUUUCUUGCAACGCACCAGAAACCCCUCCAGGCUCCCACAGCAGCGGAGUCCAGGGGCAAAUCCUGGUGCCCAGGGUGGGACAAGGCUGCUGGCAUGGGGAGCCAUGGAGGUAGGGCUGUCGCUGGCCAUGCUGCCCCAUCCAGCCCCGUGUCCGUGCCGUGUGUGUAGCAGUGAGUGCUGUGUCGUUGUAGACCCAGUCGAUGUCUCAUGUAGCGCAGAGGUGCCCUGUAGCUCAGUGCCUAGGAGGUGAUGUAGCACCUCAAAUAAAUGAAACGUGAAGUUUUAGCUUACUGCAGUCAUGUCAUCCUGCUGUGGGGGGGACAAGGGUUGCCCCAGCUUGCUUAGCACUUGCUUGAGCCUUAUUGGUUUUAGCUUCAUGCAAAGUCACACACUUUAAAGCACAGACAGGUCAGAACAGAUGCAGGUGAGAGAUUCAGUCUUUUAAUGAGAUGACAUUAGAAAAAAUCUCAUGGGCCGGGGUAAAUAUCAAACAUGAGCAUCUGACCUUUCAGAGAGGGUGGCCAGUGUGCUGCUGCUGUAUCAGGCUUUGCACAUGCCAGGGCAUUGCAUGGAAAAAGUUGGGCAUGGUUCAGAGAAGAGCCAUUUGCUGCAUUUUGGGAGGAAUAUUCUGGGAUCCUUGGGCUGGCGGUACCUCUGUUGCUUGAAGCAUCCUUGCAUUCACCUCUGGAGUUGCCAUAGAAACACUCCUGUGCUGGAGCCAGCAUCAACAUGGGGCCCCAAACUGGAAAUUGAGGUGAAGCAGCUGGAGGGACUCGCCAUCAGCAGGACAUUAGUGACUUGUGCUGUGCUGAGAGGUCAGGGGGCUGGAAAGAGGGAUCCUGUGCUCCAAGCACAGCACAUGCAGGGCUCUGGCACACUGCUGUGAAUAUUGCAGCAAACUGCACUUUCACAAUGCUCCCCUGAAAUGGUGGGACAGGUAUGGUACCCCUCUACAGCCUGCCAGCCCUUUCCAGAAGCCACCGAGGCUCCUAAGAACUUCACUCACCACAGCUUUUGUCGUGCGCAACCCUAAAUCACAGAGUUGCACUGGAAACGCAGACCUGAUUAACGAACACAUCCCAUGGCAGCAUGGCACGGACAGAAUAAAUCAGGCACUGAGUCACUGGCAGGCUGACACUCCUCUGCAACAUUCCCUUCCAAUGUGGCGGGCUGCAGAGUGGGUGCUGGUGCUUGGAACUGCCCUUUCCAAACGCAAGGCCAUGCCAGCUGCACCUCAGCACCUUGCUGUUGUGUGUCCCCACUGCGGCGACAUUUCCAACAGCUCUACAGCUGUUGCCUCUGUUGCCUACGGUCAGCUUGCCUCUUUCAUUAGCACCCAAGUCUCCUGCAUGUGACUGGGAAAUCUGGGGUGCAUCCACUGACUGCAGCACCACUUGACUGUUUCAGUUGAGAAGAAUCUGUGACCUUUCCUAAAAGUCUGGAUUGCUCAUUCUUUUCUCUCUCCACUUUUGGGCAUUGGAGCAGGAUCCCAACCAAAUGAGGGGAAGAAAGCCUCAAAGACAAGAGCCAAGAAUGUCUUGGGAUGGAUGGAGAAAUCUUCAGGCAAAAGGGCAAAAUAAAUGAUGACCCUGACGGUGAGGGUCUGACACAUAAGACUGACACAUUAUUCGUUUAAGAGCUCAUGUGAGUUGCUAAUUAAAUGCUAACAAAUUGAAGAAAAACAGUUGAGGGUCGUA